CGGGCGGGGGGCUGCUGCGGAGGGCGAGAGCCUGGGGCGGCACGGCCGAGCGGUGCAGGUUGCCCCGCAGGGUGCCGCAGCCCGGCGGGCAGGGGCCGGGUGACGGUGGCGUGUCUCCACAGGAGGAGGUGAAGGUGAAGAUGAAGGAGCUGAACGAGCACAUCGUGUGCUGCCUGUGCGCCGGGUACUUCAUCGACGCCACCACCAUCACCGAGUGCCUGCACACGUUCUGCAAGAGCUGCAUCGUCAAGUACCUGCAGACCAGCAAGUACUGCCCCAUGUGCAACACCAAGAUCCACGAGACGCAGCCACUGCUCAACCUCAAGCUGGACCGCGUCAUGCAGGACAUCGUCUACAAGCUGGUGCCUGGCCUGCAGGAGAGUGAAGAGAAGAGGAUCCGGGAGUUCUACCAGUCCCGCGGCCUCGACCGGGUGACACAGCCCAGCAAUGAGGACACGGUUGGGGGCGACCCCAUGGGGCUCCCCUACAGCACCUUCGAUCACUCCCGUGCCCACUACUUCCGCUACGACGAGCACGUUUCGCUCUGCCUGGAGAAGCAGAGCUCCAGCAAGGACAAGAGCAAGGCCGUGCUACAGCAGAAGUACGUGAGAUGCUCGGUGCGGGCGCAGAUCCGGCACCUGCGGAGCGUCCUGUGCCACCGCCUGGGGCUGCCACCGCAGCAUGUGCAGAUCCUGUUCAACAACGAGGCCCUCCCCGACCACAUGACGAUGAAGCAGCUGUGGCUCUCGCGCUGGUUCGGCAAGCCUGCGCCCCUCCUGCUGCACUACAGCAUCAAGGACAAGAGGAGGUAGGGGCUGGGGCUGGGUGCUGCCCCCCAGGAGCGCAGCCCUGCUCCCACACCCCCUGCCCCGCUCCCCUUAACUUAAUACCCUUCCUGCUUGAGUUUAUUUUUUGAAUAAAACUGGAAAAU